GUACAAUAUACUAAGGGUUGUGCUUUUUGUCGGUAGCAUUUCAUAGUUCUGUGACCAGGUUACAUGUUUCUUUCUACACGUAGCUUUAUUUAAGUCCAAGAAAAUAUCUUAAAAGACGAUUUUUUGUUGAUUGCAUUUCUCUCGAGGAAAAUUUGCUAGCCAGGGAGCUUCAUUUGAAACGAUGAAUUCUGUAUCUUUUCAAACGCAACUGGCCUCCAUCAUGGAGGUAUUGGCUAAUGCUGCAGUGGCAGAAAUUUGCGAACUUGUAGAUGAUGGCUAUGCCGUUUUACAUCUCGAAAUAUCUCGGAAGCAGAAAGAAAAUGAAGUCUUAAAGAGGAAAUUACAACUGAUGGAACUGAGGAUACCGCGAGUUCGGAUUCGCAAUGAAAUAAUAGGAACGGCAAACGAUGAUGCUGAAUUUCCCGCAGAAGAAAGCGCUGGCAAACAGUUCGACAGCAGUGUUUGGAAAGAGCUGGAGCCCAUUACUGUUGAUGAGGAAGAUACAAUAAAACACGACGAGUGUGCAGACAAAGAGGACAGAAGAUCUGAAUCACUUGUCAUUAAAAAGGAGAAGCUUGAAGAGGACUUGGAGAGCAGUGAUCUACAGGGAGGAGUACAUCUCAGUGAGGAGGAGAGAGCUGUGGAAUUAGACGGUAGUGAAAGGUCUCCGAUUGCAGAUGAACAGACUGCACCUGCAGUUGGCACAGAGGAGCUCACUGAGCAACACAGCACCAGACACACUGUUUGGGAAGAUGGUGAACUGGACGCUGUCCUUAAGGCAGAACUAGAUAACGAGACCGUAACCCUCCAGGAUAGCAGCUCCGAACACACGGCGGGGAAACAAGAUAUUGUGGACGAGCACGUCAUGUACCAGAGACCAGGCCAACUGGACACUUUCUACACACGGGGGUUUGCUGAGAAAGAGACUGCAAGACCAACCUGCUCUUACGUGACUCCGCCAGACUCAGUGAGUUUUGCUGGUCACUCGGAUUUACAACCAAUCCUCUCAGCGGGGAACGGCAAGAUGCUUCCUACGUGGAACAAGGAGCCGUCAGAAGCGGUCGGCACACAGCAAAGGCGCUACAAACCGGACAGGCGGAGGGAGCGGCGGCAUUUCGGGAGCAUGUCGUUCCCACCCCAGGCCCCAACGGCUGCUCAAGAGGGCAUGGGCCCCAAACCCAACAGCCCAGAUGUCAACAGGUGGGUCCCUUGCGACGACCGUUUCGUCAGGCCCAAAAGCGCGAAGGCCCCUUACCGCAUUGGCGCGACAAGGAGAAAGCUGUUCAUUUGUACGUAUUGCGGAAAGAGCUUAGCUUGCCUGAAAAACCUUAAAACGCACCUGAGGGUUCACACGGGGGAGAAGCCGUUCAGCUGCGCGCAGUGCGGGAAGCGCUUCGCCGACUCCAGCAAUCUGAAGAGGCACCAGAGCGUUCACACGGGCGAGAGGAAGUACAGGUGCACCCACUGCGGGAAGCGCUUUGCCCAGUCAGGCUCCCUCAAAGUACACCAGAACGUCCACACGGGACACAGGCAGUUCAUUUGCGCCCAGUGCGGGAAGACUUUCAUUUCGUCUAGUCAUCUGAAGAGACAUGUGGCCGUUCACGCUGAAGAACUUUUAUAACCUAUUAGAAUUGCGAGGAAAGAGUUUGCUGUGCAGUCUCGACACCCUGUGACGUUCACGUUUGAGUGAGACCAUUUGGAACCACAUUGUCUGGACAUAAAGCAAAAACAAGCGUUUUCAUCUUAAGGAUUUAUUCAAGCACAUGCCAGUAAAAUAAACUGUGUAGUAAUAAUGAGGACCUGCAUGAUGUCUAUGUCCAUGCCAUAUAGAAUAUAAAUCCACUCCACAUAUUAAUCCUGCAGGUGUAAGAUUAAUUAUAUUACACUUCUAUUAGGUUUUUAAGGGAUUUUUGGCACAUUCUACAAGGUGACCUGUGAAGAUGCUGAAAAAAGGUUCUAAUUGCAAUGACUGAAUAGUGCUCGUUUUGUUGAAGUUUGUCACAAUUUUACUUGGGAUAAGAACAGAACUUGCUUGGUGUAAGAAUUUGUGACAAUGUUUUUUAAUGAACUUAUUUAAUGUAUUGCAUGCAGUUCCUGCCACUCAAACCAAAAUGUUAGUUGAGUAAUCUGGAACCCUGCAGUGAUGAACAUAUCCCUUUUAACAUUGUCUUAAUCGGACCAUUUCCACAGAAUUAAUUCUAUUGGGGUGAAAUUCACCUCUAGUUUGUGACAUGCUGCUGAUACAUCUUACAAACUGCGUACGUAUGGACAUUAAACAAUACAGUAAUUGAAUGUGUCAAUCCUUCAUUUUUCAGUUUUGGUGGAUUUGGCAACAUCUGUGGUGGGUCUGAGCAAUGGACUCAUUGUGGGCACAUGGCUACUCAAUCUUUUCUAUUUUCUCUUAAAGGCUAUGCAUGUUCAACUAACUGUCUCCAUUUAUUCAUUUUAUCAUACCUUAUACAGAAUAAGUUAUUAGAAUACUCUUCAUUUUAUUUGAAAAGAUUGCAGCAAAUGUAUGUUUUGGAACGCAUCUUUUGAUUGAAAUGAUCCCUUUUGUUGGUAAGCCGUUGUGUAAAUGGGAAAAUGUCUGAAGGACUGAGCAUUGAAUGAGCAGAGCUGAUGAAAUUGAGGCCAGGUGAAUUUUCUACCUCUGUCAAUUGUUACAAAAACAUGCAUUUCAAAAUAUGCAAUUCCAUUCCAGUGGAAUUCCAGCAUAUAUGCCAUAUCCAUUACCAAACUGGUCUUAGUAUGUUUGUUAUCACGGAUAGCUAGUUAGCCAACUGCAGAUUUAUAUUCAAAAGGCUAAACUAUAAACUUAGUGAAGAUAUAACUACACUAACUACUCUAUACGGUCAUUCAUGGACAUCAAGCUGACACUGUUGCAAGUAUGAUAUUGUAACCGUUGGCUUGCUUGGUCUUACAAACUUCCAUUUUAAUUAUUGGUUCUGACUGAUGCGCAUUAAUUUAGAAUGGUGCUACUUCAUAGCUGGGCAUAUAAAAAUAAUGAAUACGUCCUAGCCAAUCAGAAUUGAGUAUUCACCAAGAUGUUGCAAAUUUGUAUUGUGGGCGCACAGCAUCUGUGAGUCGAGAACAAAAUUCAUAUCUGACACUGUUUAUUGAAACAAUAUGCUAAGCAUUAAAACUGUUAUGAUGGAAAAACCUGGGUACUGAUGUGCUUUAUGUGCGAAUGCAUUUCUAUACAAAUGGUGCCACCUGGCCGAGAAGCAUUUUGAUGACAGUGGUACGCAAAAAUGUGGCCUAUUACAAUCUGUACGUGCGGGAAAGCAAGCCUGAACUGUAAAUGUUAAACAUGGAACCAUGGAAGCAAGAUUGCUUUUCAUUUUCAUUUUAAUUUUUUACUGUUUAUAAAUGAUAAAAUUAGGUUUUAGGCAGUUAGGUUUUCAUUGUGUUAAAUAAUGAGCACAGUGGUUGUCAUUUGGCCAGGGUUAUACUGUUCUUGUGAUUGCAAAUAAUUUUCAAUCCCUUUACAAUUUUCCUUGUCAAUACCAUACAGCAGUUUAAUAUGUAUUGCUAUUCUUAUGAGCAAAGCUGCUGAGGUCAUAGUUUCCCAGGUUUUAUGAGACUUGAGCCGGACACUGCCUGCUUAUUUUACUCCCUCUACGGUUCUGUGUCAUUCACUUGUCUUCUGUAGAAACCAGAUUGAUGUCUCAAACAAAAGAUAUAACAUUUCAAUAUUUAUUUGCAAGACAUAAAUUGCACAUUUAGCUGAUGUCUCAUACACUUAAUCAAGGAGGUCUAUGGAACUUGUUCUAUAAACCUCCUUAAUUUCACAAUUUAUAAUUUGUGGUAUGUCAAGAAAGACUAGAUUAAAUCCUAAAACCAUACAAAGAUUAAUUGACCAAGAAUUAAAAAAUGGAAUGGUCAUAUUCCUUUUAACCCUAUUUUCUGUUUUCAAGGAAAUUAGAUAUAUAGACAUAACUUCUCUCAAUAAAUAUUUAAAGAUAUCACUAUUCUGAUAGCAAAUAAUUAUUUAGCUAAAUUUUGAAGAAUCUUUAGGAUUUAAUUUUUUCAGUGCUUGCAAGCUCCCACAUAGCUUGACGUUUUAUUCAACAUGCAAAAGAAUUGAGAACACACUACUGAAAUUGAGAAGUACACUACUGAUAUGAAAAAAAUGUAUUUUUAAGCCACUAAAACUAGUUACUAUUUAUUCACAAACACACAUGAAGUGUUAACUUUUUAAAACCCGCAGAAAGUAGGCCUACAUUUGACAUAUCAAAGCCAUGAAAAAAAAACCAUACAUUGAUGAUUUUUGAUAGAACAUUAAUGCAUAUACAGUAUGUAGACUAUGAAAAAUAAUAUAACAGUAAUUAUCUUUGGGAAAAGUAUGCAAAAAGUAAUAAUCACAAAGAAAAAAACAUUUUGGCUAUAAAAUUAUUACAGCACUUCUCAUAGAAAAAAAGUGUACUUCAAAAAUACAUUAUCAAAAUUAACAUUUAUUUAUACAGCCUCAAAGACAAGGAAGUGAUAUACAUCUCAUAAUAUUCUGAGAAACUACAUUCAGUAUUACUUCAGUGCUAAUAAUUUUAUUUGUGCAAACAAUUAAAUGUUUUUAAGGCUGAAUAAAAUGUACAUGUUAAUAUUUAUGUCCACAAAAGCUUAUAGGGUAGAUAUGUUUAACAUCUACAUAGUUGUUUCAAUUGACAUAUGUUCUGUAAAUGUUUUAUUGUCUACAGAAAUGUAAAAAUAUGUAGAUUGAAAAUUGUCUUUCCAGUAACUGAAAUUCCUGUGAGUAGUUUUAAAUCUCUAGUAGGGUGUAAUGUGUAAUAAAAAGAAUGUCUAAAUUAA